AUGGAGCUGAAUAAACACGUUCGGGUUCUGCUGAGAGGACUGAAACCAGCAUCGCCUCCGAAGCCGGGGACUCGGAAAGACGUGCCUUUUUUACUUUUCCAAGGCGUUUAUUUUCUUUUCUUUGCCAGCCUGCGUCCAUUCGGAUACAUCCUAGGAAGUUCUCCGAGGAACGCAAGAUUACGCUGUAAAUGUAUCAACAACCUGGAGCCAAGCAUGAAAAAGGCGACCAAGCCCACGGCCGCGACCUCCAGAACCUCAGCGGGCACUAAAGCCCCAGGCAGACCUGAGGGAAACGGCAAUAUGGGCACAGGUGGCAAGAUGACGAACAAAACCCAGAGUUCAGCUCCACUGUCUAAGGCAAAGAGCAAUGAUGAUCUCCCAGCGGUGAGUGCAGGAAGUGGACCAUUAUCCGUUUGCAACAGUAACACUACUGUUAGAAACAAGAGAGGAAGCUCCUUUCAGAACACCAGCAGCACUGAGACCAGGUCCAAGACCAGUUCAGGUCUUUCAGGAAGGCGUGCCUUGUCAUCCACAGCGAAGGAUUCAGGCACGACCCGAGAGAACUUGCGAGAACGUUCCAGAACUAGUGUUGCCAAAAAGCUUGCCGGACCCACCGAUGCCAUGCCUCAGAAGCGAUCGCGAUGCCGUACCGUAGCUGAGACUGAUUCUCGGAUGAGCAAAUCUCGCUCAGACAGCCAGAUAAGCCAUAAAGCAGUGCUGGAGUGCCAAGUGAAAGACCUGCUGGGCUUAGCCAAGAGCAAAGACCUGGAGAUCAUCCAUCUCCGCUCUGAACUUAGAGGUAUGAGAGCCCAGCUUGGUCUGGAAGAACUUGAGGCCCCUGAUGCAGAACAAGCAUCUCAAGAGACCAAGCAGCCUCAGGAGAAAGAGGUUUCUCCUGUGAUCAGUGCCACAGAUGUGGAGUCCACUCUGCUCCUCCUUCAAGACCAGAACCAGGGCAUCCUUGAUGAGCUAAAUAUGCUGAAGAGUGAAAACCGGAUGCUGAAGGAUCGUCUCAAUGCUCUCGGCUUCUCUCUGGAGCAUCGUCUAGACAGCCCUGACAAAGGUCUGCGCUGCCCGUCCUUUAGUCCUGAGCCUGUAUCUGGUGGAGGCAGUGGAGGUCAUAGCGAAAACAGUGGGGGUGGUAUGCGUGCAUCUUCUGCAGAAGGCUCUGUCCAAGGCUCUACCGAGGACCUGCUUUCAGAAAAGAGAAGUGUAUACUCUCCUGAUGCACUGGACAGUGAGUGCAGUGAGGCCUACCAGCCGAUCACCUCCAGCGAUGAUGCCCUGGAUGCGCCCUCUGGAUGUGGAUCCUCUUCUGAAUCAGAGGGAGGGCCACCGAGCCGGGAACAUUCCCGCAGGGGCAGCAGCGGGAACACCAGUGAGGUUUCCGUGGCCUGCCUGACUGAGCGCAUCCAUCAAAUGGAGGAGAACCAGCACAGCACAGCAGAAGAACUCCAGGCCACUCUGCAGGAGCUUGCUGACCUGCAGCAGAUCACGCAAGAGCUGACCACAGAGAAUGAACGCCUUGGUGAGGAGCGUGCCAUUCUGGUUGACUCCCUCUGUCAACAAGAGGAGCGUCUGGAACUGUACGGAAGACAACUGGACUACUUCCGAGGCCUUCUUGACGAGCAUCGGGUGGCCUACGCCAAGGAUGAUGAAGAUGCCAAAAGCAGCCGAUACGUGGAGCUGGAAAGGCGCUAUGCCGAGCUGAACGAGGGCUCGCAUUUUGAGCGGGAGCAGUUGCUGGGCGUUCAGCAACAGCUAAGCAGUGCACUCAAGAUGGCAGAACAGGAGAAUGCAGAAGCCCAAGGCCUGAUGGCGGCAUUGAAGGAGCGUGUCCAUGUGGCGGAGAGAGCUGUGGAAAUGGAGCGGAGGGAACGGGCAUUCGCUAAAGCGGAGUUGGAAACGCUGAGGGUGGUUUCCGAAGGGGAGCAGGUGAAGUUGAAUCGCUGCAGAAUCCAACUUGAGCAAGAGAGGCAGAGAGUGGCCCAGCUCCUCUCCAUCCACAACGCAGGGGACAAGACAGAUAUACGCCACCUGCUGGACAGUGAGAGAUUAGACAAAGAGCGAGCAGAGGCCAAAGCAGCUCAGUUAAAAAAGGAACUGGGACACACGCGCAGUGAAGCUGCCCAGCUCCAAGAGGCAAUUAGCAAGCUUGAGGGUGAGUUCCGAGCGUUUCGUGACGAUGUCCAGGCACAGUUAGCAGAGCAGAAGCGGCUCCUGGAGCAGCAGUGCUCUGAGCUAGAGGAGAAGGACACCGAGAUCGCUGACAUGAAGGAGACCAUCUUUGAGCUGGAGGAUGAAGUCGAGCAGCAUCGUGCUGUUAAGCUUCAUGACAACCUCAUCAUUUCUGACCUGGAGAAUUCCAUCAAAAAGCUUCAUGAUCAGAAAUAUGACAUGGAGAAGGAGAUUAAGGUUCUUCACCGAAAAUUGCGGGAGGAAUCAGCCGAGUGGCGUCAGUUCCAAGCUGAUCUGCAAACAGCUGUCAUCAUCGCCAACGACAUCAAGACAGAAGCUCAGGAGGAGAUCGGAGACCUGUGGCGCCGUCUGCAGGAAGCUCAGGAGAAAAAUGAGAAGAUGAACAAAGAGCUGGAUGAACAAAAGAGCAGAAAGCAGGAAGAGGAGCGUGGCCGUGUGUUUAAUUAUAUGAACGCCGUAGAAAGAGACUUGGCUGUGCUGAGGCAGGGGAUGGGCCUGAGCCGACGUUCCUCCACUUCCUCUGAACCUUCACCCACUGUCAAAACACUCAUCAAGAGCUUUGACAGCGCCUCGCAAGGUCCUGUUUCAGCCAGUCCUGCCGACGCUGCUGUUGCUGCCGCUGCCGCUAUUUCCAGAACACCCCUCAGUCCCAGUCCCAUCAAAACCCCUCCAGCCGCUGCUGUCUCUCCUAUACCGAGGCACACCAUCAGCUCAGCCAAGCCCCUGUCGUCAAUGUUGGACAAGAGGCCGAGCUACACGGACCUGAGCAUACCAGCAGACCACCUCCUCCGGACCUCACCUGUAAUGCGCCCCAGCUGCAGCCUCCACAGGGUGACAAACAUAGACUCGACUAAGUCUAUAUCAGUUUCUCGCAGAAGCAGUGAAGAGUUAAAGAGAGACUUGUCGGUAACAGACACAUCAACGCCAUCGUCAAUCAUCGCGCUAGGUUCGUCUUCCCCCCAGCUUUCUUUGUCAUCCAACUCCUCCUCCCCAACCGCCUCCGUCACGCCUACCACACGAGGACGUUUACGAGAGGAACGGAAGGACCCUCUGUCUGCGUUAGCCAGGGAAUAUGGAGGAUCCAAGAGGAAUGCUCUGCUCAGGUGGUGCCAGAAGAAGACUGAGGGUUAUCAGAACAUUGACAUCACCAACUUCAGCAGCAGCUGGAAUGAUGGGCUCGCUUUCUGUGCCAUACUUCACACCUAUCUGCCGGCACAUAUCCCCUACCACCAACUCAGCAACCAGGACAAGAGGCGAAAUUUCACUUUGGCCUUCCAGGCAGCAGAAAGUGUGGGAAUUAAAUCGACACUGGACAUUGGUGAAAUGGUGCACACAGAAAGAUCCGACUGGCAGAGUGUCAUGAUCUACGUGACGGCCAUCUAUAAGUAUUUUGAGACCUGAGAAUCUUCUUGAACGGCUGCAGUCGGUUCACCUCCCUUGCUGCGGCCAAGAUGCUACAAAUUUCCCAGAUGCCUUAGCUGCGAAUGGGGGACUUACCCACACAACUUACUGUUUCCUCCAGUGUGUUCCCAGAAUCCUGUAUAGCUGCUGAAACGAGCCAGAUCCUACUAAGCUUCUCUGAACAUCAGUGCUUUUGAAGAGAAGUGGGAAGUCGGUGGGAUCAUGAGCCAACAACUUCCUUUUAAGAACAUUGCAACACUAUUUAAAGUGUAUUGUGCCAACCGAGCAACAAAAAUGUGUAUCUCUGAAAACGAUUGACUUUGAAAGUUGGCUUGUUUUAUAGUUUUGUCAUAAGGAUGCCCUCUGUAUGCCAGUAUUGGUCUUAGAUUAUCAGUAUUUAUUCCAAAGAGUGACGCCACAACAGGCUUCGCCCACAAAAAUGGCGUUUUUGAAUUUUCUUUAGCCUGAAUAAGCUUAAAUCUGUCUUGUUUGAUUUAUUAAAAAAAAAUUCUAAUAAAAAAAGACAGGGCUCCUUAAAGGAAGAGUUCACCCUAAAAUAGAAGUUUGCUGGCAAUUUACUCAAUAUGUAGAGGAGUUUAUUUCUUCAUCAAAAAAGAUUUCAAGAAAUUUAGCAUUUAGCAAUCAC